AUGGCGGCUCGCGUGUUUUCGACGAUAGCUGCUGUACUUGUACUUCAGUGUUGUAUGAGGUCUUUAGCAAUGCCAGCAGAACAAGAAAAAACAAGCAAAGUCUCCUUAACUACACUGGCCACUGAACCAAAACCCCCUUCUUCUACCCCGCUACCCGUUACACCAGAAGCGAGUUCAUCAAUUCCACCGGCCACAACACCAAAAGGGGAUUCUUCUACCCCACUAUCCGUUGAACAAGAAACGAGUUCAUCAAUUCCACUGGCCACUACACCAAAAGGGGGUUCUUCUACCCCGCUACUCGUUACACCAAAAGCGGGUUCAUCAAUUCCACCGUCAAUUAUACCAGAAGGGGGUUCUUCUACCCCGCUACCCGUUACACCAAAAGCGGGUUCAUCAAUUCCACCGUCCACUAUACCAAAAGUUAAACUCGAGGGAGAUUCACCUGUGCUGCCACUCACAGUACCAUCUUCAACAGUACCUCCAGUGACUCCGGCGUCAUCAGGCUUGUCUCCUGGUGCAACUGCAGCAGCAGUGAUUGGAAGUCUGGCGGGAACUGGAAUUCUUAUUUUUGUGGGGAAAAUGGCCUUCAAAAAAUACUUUUAA